GGCGACCUGUCCAGGGUGUACCCUGCCUCUCGCCCAUAGACUGCUGGAGAUAGGCACCAGCUCCCCCGCGACCCACUAUGGAAUAAGCGGUAGAAACUGACUGACUAUAUUAAUUUUGAGAAACCUAGAAUGUGUGGGUGAAAUUUACAACUAAAGCUAAAUCAUCUGUAUUAAGAUUAAUAUUUUUAUUUAAAAGGUGCAAAAUAGAACCACAUAUAUACACACAUAUCUCUUUAUAUAUAUAUUUUAAAAUGAAGUAUACAAUAUCAAAACAUAAAUAUCAAAAACCCAUGUAGUUUUUUACUACAAGUUUUGUGUACAUUAAUACCAUUUUAAUUAUUUAUGUCAUAUAGAAACGAAAUAAAGAAAGCAACACACAAAUAAAACAAAAAGAGAAAAAAUGCUCUUGAGAACCGAUUAGUCGUGAACGUCACAUCACUUCCACUACCUUCUCUACCCUCCCUUCCCCUCGAUCCUCAUGCAUUUUUGGCCAUUCCUUCUUCAGAUGUCCGAGAGGAAUCCAUCUUCAGUAGAGUGACAGAAGCAUCAAAAUGUGGAAUGAAAAGAAGCAGAACCCACCUUCUGAUCGCGGUCAGAUUGUUGCCAUCAUCAUCUUUGUUCUCGGUAUAGGAACUCUGCUGCCCUGGAACUUCUUCAUCACAGCCUCACAGUACUUUAAUAACCGCCUUAAAGGGAGCCUCAGCUCUAACGGUACGACGGAGGCUGUGCAGAAAGACUACAACUAUGACAGCUUGAUGGUUUUGCUCCCCCAUCUGCCUCAGCUCCUCUUCACUCUGCUCAACUCUUUCCUCUAUCAGUGGGUGAAGGAACGUCUCCGUGUGGUUUUCAGCCUGGUUGUCAUCUUCCUCCUCUUCGCCCUCACCGCUGCCCUGGUUCUGGUCCCCAUGCAGCCCGACACCUUCUUUUCAGUCACCAUGGCAACCAUAUGGUUCAUCAAUGUGUUUGCUGCAGUUCUGCAGGGCAGUCUCUUCGGUGUAGUCGGCAUGUUUCCUCCUCGAUACAGCACUGUGUUCAUGAGCGGUCAGGGUCUGGCUGGGAUCUUCGCCGCCGUCGCCAUGCUGUGCUCCAAACUGAGAAAUGGUGACACAGAGUCAACUGCUUUGGGAUACUUUGUCACUCCCUGUGUGGCCACAUUAGGGACUCUACUCUGCUACCUGCUGCUGCCACACCUGGAAUUUGCUCGUUAUUAUCUGAACAGAAAUCAGGCUGACAAAUUGGACACAUCUAAUAAGCUCCUCAGCAGCACAGACAAAAUAGCCUUAAACGGUAACAUGAAAGACCUGGAGGCUAAAGGAGUUCCAGAGGAGAGUAAUGAACGUUCGUCUGUCUUUGCUGUCUUUAAAAAGAUCUGGCUGAUGGCUCUGUGUGUGACGUUGGUCUUCGCCGUCACCCUGUCUGUGUUUCCUGUCAUCACAGUCCGAGUGAAGACUGUCUACACGAAGAACACCCAGUGGGACAUUGUUUUCAACUGUGUGUGCUGUUUUAUUGUUUUUAACCUCAUGGAUUUGGUCGGCCGCAGCGCCCCGUCUCUCUUUCAGUGGCCGUCCAAACAGAGCCGGCUGUUUCCUGUCGCCGUUCUGUCCCGUCUGGUCUUCCUCCCUCUGCUCAUGAUGUGUAACAUCCAAGACUCUCAGCUCACUGUCCUCUUCAGACAUGACGGUGCCUUUGUUGUCAUCAUGGCUCUGUUCUCCUUCUCUAACGGCUACCUGGCGAGCCUCUGCAUGGCCUACGCUCCACAGUUGGUGAGGAGCAGGGACUGCGAGACGGCCGGCUCUCUGAUGACCUUCUUCCUCGUUCUGGGGCUGGCUGUGGGAGCCUCUUUUUCAUUUCUGCUGGGAAAACUAGUUUAGAGGGAGAAAACUGGAAAACAAAGGCAAAAGCACUUAGAUCAGGGCUCUACUUGGAUUAUCAUGGAUUUGUACUGUAUGUAUUUUCACCCUAUUAAUUGUUUUGUUUUUUAUUUAGCCUUUCCAGCACUGAGGUUCAAAAUAGUUUUUUACUCUUGAUCACCCCCUCCUGAUAUUAUGUGGCGAAUGCAGUUUAGUGUAAUGCAUGUGUUUCGCAGUCAGAAUUCAUCAAUGCAGCUAAUAAGAAUUGUUUUCUCACGUAACACAAAGCUCCUCCGGGGUGUAAGGGCACCUGUCUAAAUUAAUCUGUAGAUUUCUUUUGUAUUUGUGUUCAUAUUUAUCUUUUGAUGCACAGAAGUGACUUUUAUUGAUUUUUAAAGGAUUUUCCUAUGUGAAGAGAAGUUGUUAAGUUUAACAAAGACAUUAUUGUUGUUAACGUUUGGUUAAUUUAUGUUUUCUAUUCGUUUUUUUAUACUUUAAGAAAAUUGUUUGAUAUAUAUUUAAAAGAAACUAUUUUGUAAAACAGAAUCCUGUUUUAUUAAAUUGGUUUAAAAAGGUGA